GGGCCCCAAGCUAAUGAAUCACUAGUGAGAAAUGGUGUUGCCCAAUGGGAGAUCCCCUUUUCCCCUUAUUCCUGUCGGAGUCCGAAGUAGCUUGACCAGGUCGAUGGGAAGCUUAGAAGCAAGGGGGUGUCUAAAUGAUUUCCAGGACGGGAAUUUGCUGAAUCAUUGUAGCUUUGGGCUUGUUUCGACUUGUAGCUACAAGAUCUGGGGUGGCAGCCAUUGGCAUCGGCAGACCCGAGAAGUACGUUAAACAACUCGAAGCUAUCACGCUGGAAGCUGUGCUGCCAAGUUCGAGCCAAAUCUUCACGAUGUCGCAACAGCGAGUGUAUCGGUCACAAUUCCCUCCCAUUAAUGUUCCCCGCGAUGUCUCAGUGACACAAUUCCUCCUCGCGAGUAACCCGGACGAUGUUUCCCCGGAGACGCCCAUCUUCAGCGAUUUCGACAAUCCGGGACACGACCUCAGCUUCAGUGACCUCCGCAAGCUCGCCGCUCAGGGAGCAGCCGGCCUGCGGGAUGUCGUCGACCUCCGCGAGGGCGAUGUUGUCAGCAUCUAUGCGAACAACUCCGUGAGCUGGGCCUUGUUGGCUCAUUCCAUCAUGUGGGCGGGCGGCUGUACUUGCGGCAUGAACCCGUUGGCAACCAGUUACGAGCUGGUCCAUUAUUUCGAAACUGCCAAACCGAAACUCAUCGCUGUAGACGGCACUCUCCUCCCGAAGGUUGAGGCGGCGUUGAAACUCAUGAAAUUGUCGGCGCCUCCAGCAGUCAUUGUUCUUCAGGAGCCCUUGAUACAGACCACCACCAGCUUGCCUCAGUUUCCCAGGGACUUCAUAUCCAACGUGCGCAAGCCAUUGGCCCCCUACGACUUGACGGGCAAGGACAACACAAAAGUGCCAGUCGCUAUGUGCUUUAGUUCCGGUACAUCUGGGAAGCCCAAGGGUGUCGUCCUUUCCCACCACACCCUCAUCGCAUACCUCCUGACGGUACGGUCCACCAGCCCAUUCCUCCACAGCUCGCGCACCAGGGAGGUGUUCUUCCCGUCCUUCGCCCACAUCUACGGCCUCGUCUCGGGGGUCCUGCUCCCGGCCUUCGUGGGCUGCUACCUGGUCGCGAUGGCGCAGUACGACUUCCUGCCGUACUUGAAGCGCUGCGCCGAGAUCCGGGCCACGAUCGUGAGGCUCGUCCCGGCGACUGCGGUCAGGAUGACCAAGGACCCGGCGGUGAGGCGCCUGGACCUGAAGUCGAUACACACAAUUAUGUGUUCGAGCGCCUCGCUGGCCGCGGAGACGGCGCAGGAGCUGCAGAAGAUCCUCAGCUCCAGCGUCACCAUCCUCAACGGCUACGGCAUGACGGAGGGCACGAUUGCCAUGCUCAGGGAGUCUCAGUCAGCGCGAGCAGGCUCGGUCGGCAAGCCCGUCGCCGGAGCGUCCAUCCGGAUCGUGGACGACAACUUUGAGGAUGUGGCCCUGGGGACUGACGGGCAGUGCCUCGUCAAGGGACCGACCGUCUUUAUGGGAUACAAGGAUAACGACGCAGAGACGGCCGCCACGUUCCAUGACGGGUGGCUGUGCACGGGUGACAUUGUGAAAAUGGAUGGAGACGGCUUCCUCUGGCUUACAGGGAGGAAGAAGGAGUUGAUCAAGUACAAGGGGAAUCAGAUCGCCCCGGUUGAGCUGGAGGCAGUCCUUCUCACGCAUCCUUUGGUCGCCGAAGCGGGCGUCUGUGGCAUAACGGACGGGGACUCUGAAGUGCCACUUGGAUGUGUAGAGCUGUCCAGUGCAGUCGAAGCCCGGGACAUCGAGAAGACCCUAGUGGAGAUCAAGAGGUUUGUCGAUGAGAGAGUGGCGCCUUACAAGCGGUUGAGGGGGGGUCUGUUCCACCUGGAAACGAUUCCCAAAACAUCGACUGGCAAGAUUGUGAGGAGACAGCUCCCCGAGAUGGUAGCGGAGAAGAGGGCAACGAAGGUGGCCAAGUUAUAG